AUGCCCUCGCCGUGCGGACGGCGUUCGUUCGGGGGCCGUGGCCGACGCCCCUUACGGCCGACCCGUGCAACUCGGAUGAGCACAGAGAUCAUGCAAUCCCGCGUGCCUUGUGCUUCAAACAUGACAUUAUCCAAGGCACAGCAUUCGUCAGAGGCGCUUCUCUGCGUCUUCACGUGCACGAGUCGCAGAAUGGAUACCGACGCAGGCACGCCCGUGCAACGAAACACGGGCACAACGGCGGCAUGUGUGGAGAAAGAAUGGCACGGCGGCUCGUCCGUCUGCCAUGUCACGGCGGGCAGCAACGCCAGCGGUGACCCCCCAUACGUAGUCCCCGCGCCCCCAAUGCCCCGCGCGCUCACAUGUCGGAUGCGACUAUAG